AUGCCCCGCAUCGCCCACGUCGCCCUCGUCGUCCGCGACUACGACGAAGCCCUCGCCUUCUACGUCACCAAGCUCGGCUUCACCCUCGUCGAAGACACGCCCAUCCCCGAGCAGAACAAGCGCUGGGUCACGAUCCGGCCGCCCACCGGCCCCGACUCCGACGCCAACUCCGGCACCACGCUGCUCCUCGCCCAGGCGUCCGCCCCGGAGCAGCACGCCGCCAUCGGCAACCAGACGGGCGGCCGCGUCUUCCUCUUCCUCGAGACGGACGACUUUGCGCGUGACCACGCGCGCUACACGUCCGCGGGUGUCGAGUGGGUGAGGGAGCCGGUCGUGCAGAGUUAUGGCACGGUGGCGGUGUUCAAGGACUUGUAUGGGAACCAGUGGGAUCUGAUUGAGAGGAAGAAGUAA